AUGUUGUUCGCUUGCUUUGAGAUUCUAUCGAGCCACUAUGAUUCCGCUAUAAAACAUAUCAGGAGCGGUAUCAAAAUCAUGAAUGAGGUGUACUGCGACCCUCGAUCAGGCACAUUUUGCCAUCCGUUCCUCAGAUCAUCUACAGUGACCGCACUGGAAAUGGAUAGUUUGCGGAAGAUGCUUGUUCGUCUGCAAGAUCAAGCCCUGACUCUCACACGCGAAGAAGUCGAUAUGCAACUAUCCCAGUCCGUGCCAAUAAGGGAAAUCGACAUUGAAAUCCCCGAGGUCUUCCGCUCCAUCGGCGAAGCACGCGAUAUAUUCGAAUAUUACAGAAGCAAGGCUGGUCGUCAGUUCCGCGCGUUGGAUGGCGCAGACCCCGACAAAUUUAUGGAUCUCAUUCAUCACUAUUCGCCACUUUUAGAAAAGCUGACCGUGGCGUUGAAUAAUUUUGAGCACACUCGCGGUCCACUUCUCACGGCCAGAGACAAGACUGGAUUAAACAUCAUCCGGAUCUACCAAAAAAUGCAAUACAUAAUUCUGGAGUACGGCAAACUUGGAAUCUCGGACCAGAGGUCAUGGGAUAAUUACAACUUUAUAUUUGAAGAAAUUGUCACACUGGCCGCUUCGGUGGUUGACAGCGCGCAAGGUAUCGAGUGUUUGUCGCUAUCACCAUCUCAAUUGGCAGAGCUCUCCCGGAACGGUCGCUUGAAGCCCUCUUUCUCCCUUGAUAUGGGCAUAAUCUCUCCAGUUUACAAUGUUGCCACUCUAUGCAGAGAUCCCGUCAUCCGUCGCAAGGCACUUGCUGUGCUUCGCUCAAUGUCGCGACAAGAGGGCGUAUUCAAUAGCCAUGCCUGUGCCUUAGUUGCAGAACAGGCAAUCGCCAUUGAGGAGAGGAUGGCUGCAGGGAUGGCUUUGAACCAUCAAGAUGAGAGAUCUCUUCUGAUGCUCUUGCCCGGGACGAGGCCGUCCUGGCAAAGUGAAACCACCGAAAUCAAUCACAGCGACGAGAUUCCUGACUCAGCUCGCCUGACAUACAUUCACCCGACUAUUAAGAUUGCCGACAAAAAUGUGUGUUUGACCAUUGGCCAACCAGGAAAGCACAUGGACAUUCCUGUGCCCGCUUUGACUGCCAUGCUGGAUCUUGUAACGUUGUGA